CAUCAUCAGUACUCACGCGUUGAAGCAGACUCUUCAGCAGCAUCCCUUUUCAAGGCCUGUGUUGUUAUUCGAAGCUGUUUUUAUCCCUUGUGUGCUCUUUCUCUUUAUUAUCUGCUGCUUGAUUUUGUUUAUUCCCUUCGUUUACUGCUUCUUUUCGAGUCUCUGUUGUGUUUUGAGAUUUUGAUCUUCGUUUUUCAAGUCAAUCAUGCCGAAGAAGUCGAAUAAGAAGUCUAACAAGAAGACAGCAUCGAAGACAGCAUCGAACACUACGCCGGCGCCAUCUGAACAGCCAGCCGGUACUACAGCUACCGUUCAAUCGACCACUACGUCGGCGCCAUCUCAGCAGCAAUCCGGUACUGCAACUACUGUUCCACCGGCUGCUCCAUCGGCUGCUCCACCGGCUGAGAUUUGUACAGCUAAGCCGUCGACUUGGACGACUGAGAAACUUCGCGACGAGCGCGACCGAGCGAUAUUAGAACUGACUUUGCCGUUCCUUGCUCCUGUUCUGCUUACCACGUCCCGAAAGCAUUGCUGCUGCUGUGGCCUGUCCCGCAAACAAGUCCGUCGAUUAGAGAAACAGGAAGCAAUUCACAGCAAUCAAUCACCGCCAUCACCGCCACUACCGCCGCUGCCUCCUCCUCCUUCUGGAUGUUCGUAUUUGGCCUGUGAAGUGCCCGAAUCGGCUUUCUAUAUCCCGCAAGGUAUUAUCGAGGCGGCCGGGAGCCUGGUAAACUUGCUGCCUCCCUACCCUCCUCCGACCGACCCAAUCAAGGUAAAGCGACUUAUUGAUAAUUGUGAGAAGGUUAUUUCACAUUAUAAGACUCUUGCUAAGAAGAGAGUGGUGAUUGCCAUCAAAAACUAUAAAAAAUUCGAGGAACUUGUCCGAAAGGACGAGGCUGGUACAACUGAAGCAGACGCGGCGAAGCAGGCCCUCCGCCUCAACGUCACGGCCAACUAUUGCCUCAAAGAAGCAGAUAAAGCCAGACGUAGGGCUGCAAAUUACGUUGACAAGUUGGAAUAUCUCCAAAGCCUGAGCCUUGAAGAUCCGCCGGAGCAAAAUGGCGAAGGCUCGUCCGGAGUCGCCUAACCGUUUAAAAACCAUUGCGUUUAUUCACCCUGACCUCGGCAUAGGCGGGGCUGAAAGGUUGGUCGUGGAUGCCGCCGUGGGGUUGCAGGAUCGUGUGGUGAGACAU